CCACAGAAACCUAGCCACAGAUCUGUCUCAGGCGACUGACUCUUCGUCAAUCUCCGGCGAUUCCUCGACUGUUUUCUCUCAGGCGACUACUCUUCGUCGUUGGGCGCCUGCUACACUAGCAAGUUCCAGAACUCUGUUUCUCAACCACUUUUUGGAGCUACGUUUUCUAGUGCUUCUUCGUCUCCGUUUCGUUCUUCGAAUUUGUUCGGAGCUAAUUCAUCGAUCCCGAUUCUUUCCACUACUUCAAGCUUGUUCGGAUCGAGUUCAAAUUCUAGGACUACGAGUUUGUUCGGGUUUUCUUCUUCGAGCUCAGUCUCUUCUGGUAUCACCUAUACAACUUCACAUUCUUAGCUCCAUUAUUGUGUUUUAUC